UGAAUGGGAAUGUGAAUGAAAUAUUUAUUAGUUCUGAUAUGUUUUACAUUGAAAUUCAUGUUGAUAUGUUAAAUGCUAUAAUACUCACUGUAAAAAUAGCUCAUAAUAAUGGAGAGCCAAUUUUCUCAGAAGAUUUAUGCAAGAUUUUGAAGGAACAUAAAUAUUCAGAAUUUCUAAAACAUUUAAAUGGAAUAAAUACAUUAUAUCAGAUAACCACUGAUAAAAAACAAAAAACGAAAAUUUUUCUGGCUAUUAGUUCACUAGAAAAUGAUAUUAUGGAAUUAUAUAAAUUACAAAAUUCGAUAAUAGAUCCCUAUACACUAUUUAUGCGUUCACCAUUAGGUUAUUUGACUCCCAGAAAAGGUGGCAUUCCAUUAAGCUUGACCUAUUUUAUAUCUCCCUUUGAUUUAAUUAAUGCCACUGCCAAUAAAAUGGAUAAUUUGCAAAAUUUAAACAAUGAUGUACGAAACAGAGUUAAUGUGUAUAUAAUAAGUUCUAAUAAUGAAGCGACAACACACAGACUUCAAACUAUUCCCAUAAUGAGUCUAAUUAAAUCCUCAGAGGGAAAAAUAUUGCCCCAUUUUUCCGCUCUGAAUUCUCAAAAUAGUACACAGUUGAACGCCACUUUUAUUCUAGAUUUUGCUUGUUGUAGCAUGUUUGAAAGAUCGGAAUCUUUUCUAAAAAGUUUUUACCACGAUGAAUUUAUCAUAUCCAAGCCUUUUUACAAGAAAUUACAAAAUAUAACAGGCAUCCCGUGCUCGAAAGACAAUACAUUGGACAAAGACUCUUUAACCUUGACCAGACUGCUUGUUAACAGAUAUUUGAAUAUUACCCAUGAUUCUAAAGCGAAAAAAGCGCUUUUAUUAAAAGAUGAAUUAGACAUCGAUGAGAUAGAUGAAUUAGAUGAAAUUGAUCGCAGUAAUAUAAGAAACGCAAAAAUGAAGGGAACUCAUGCGCAAAACAGUAACACAAUUGAUUCGACUUUAUUCUCGAACGAAAUAUCUGAUUAUGAAAAACCCCAAACGUUUCACGUGAAACUUCCUCCUCUGGACCCAAAUUUACACCCCGAGGGAGAUACAUUUCAGUACUCUAUUUUCACUGCUGUUACCGAAAAUGAGAAUGAUAACCUGAGGUCAUUAGCCAUUAAUAAUAUUCCUUUCACUCACCCUACUCAUAUACCGCAAAUCCUCAACGUAUUAAGGCAACAAAUGACACUCAACACAUUGGUAGAUAGCUGUUUGAGUCUGUACGUCGAUCACAAGGAUUCUUUAUUACAAUCAACGAAUAAAUUUAUCAAUAAUGAAAAUGAAGACUCCCGAAAUACACUUCUGGUUAACCAUUCCUUCUAUUUAUUUAUCCUUACGCCUAACGCCAUCAAUCUGGAUUAUUUUCACGAUUCAUCCCACACUAUGAUUCAAAUUGAAUUCGAUAUAACCGACAUUCACCACAUAAAAACCAAAAUAUGCACUUUAUUCGGAGAUAUCAUCACUUCCAAACAUUUCGAUAAUCUAUUAUCAAAAAUGGAUGCCGUUAUACAAAAAACUCUUUCAAUUCCUCUAACCAUGAGAGUGCUAGUUAAGUACUUAGACGAGGUCAUGGCUUCUAUAAAAAAUGAUCCCGAAUUGAAUAUCACCGGAAUAUUUUUGAAUGAAGAAAUGGUGCCACAAUCCAGUUUACAAAAUAAUUUCGGAGAACAACUGGAUGAUAAUGCAGGCCGGAAAGAUGAUCGCAAAAACGCAAAUGUUAUAAUUAUGGUAAAUGUUGACGAAACUAAUAAGUGUGAUCUGGAGAAAAUGGAUAUUGAUCGUAAUACCUUGGAUUCAUCUUUGGACUUUCACAAGAAUUCUUUUAGAGCGUCUUGGAGUGGCGCUAAAAAACAAAGACGAUCCCCUUCAAAUAUAUCAAACCCACUUUCAGAUCCACCUGGUGGUGGAAGCAUGGAUACCAAAAGUAAUCUCUUAGUUAGAAGUCAAAGUGUUAAACUAUCGCCCCAAACUCAACAGUCUUCUACCUUAACCAACUUUUCUAACAAAAAAAAGUCUCUGGAAACUAAUACCGCAAAUAACACAAUCUCCAAGAUGCCUAAACUACCGAGCAUGAAAAUUAAAGUUGACUCCCAUAAACCCCCACCUCUUAAAAAAAUAUCUAUACGAGAACUGAUGCACAAUACUAAGCAUGCUAAUGUUACUUCUUCAUCUAAGACCACCCAUUCCCUAACUCCUAGUUUACAUAAGACACUUAGCUCUAACACAAAAACACUAGAUACUAAUAUGAAAUUGCCCAAAGCCAAUUAUUCUUCCAACUUAGGAGUCGUAUCCAAGAAUCUUAAGGAAAGUAACAUAGCCACUAAACACAGUUGUAAUAAUUCUUCGACGACGAAUAUUAUAAAAUCGAAAAUGACAACGGGUCACCCCUUUUCUCAUCAAGAUUUAUUUAAACGCUUGGCUCAAAACCUGGGUAUGUCUUCUCAAUAUAGCAAGAACUCGACGAAUAGUAAAUCCAAUAGUAGAAGUAACAAACAAUCAUCAUCUUCUAGCGAUCCAUCUAACAGUAAAAAGUUCGAUACAUCCAAAAAUUAUGACUCCGAUUUGGAUGUUAUUGAAGAUAAAAAUAACGACGUGAUCAUAAUCUCCCCAAAGUCAUCCACUCCAACUUCUCAUCCAGAUACUAAAAUCCAAUCUGCCUCUAACCUUCAAACCAACUCUAACACAAGCAAAGGUAAUAAUUUAGGUCUAAGUAAGGUUAAAAAGAACUCUCUUUCCGCCGUAAUAGAUAAGCUUAAAAAUGCUGUUCCUUCUUCCAUCCCAUCUACGACAUCGGUGAUCAGUGAAAAUUAUUCGACUCUCGCCCCUAGUUUUACAACCUUUACCAAUGCUUCCGAUAUAAAUUCUUCUAAACUUUCUAGUAUAUCAUCCGGUAAUAUAAAUUUAUUUGGAAUGCCCUCGUCUUCCACCCAACUUUCUCAAGCUCAACAACCUAGUAUCAAGAUGACCAUCAGUAAACGAGCCAGUUCCGAUGGCAGUCUAAAGAUAGUUUCAUCUGUGAUACAGCAGCAAAAGAGUCUUUGUACCAUAAGUGAAAAAGGUGGUGCCGAUAAUGAUGGACAUCAAAAUAUCUCUUUUAAGAAUAGUAAUAGUGGUGUGCGAAUACCCAAACUAGAAAAAUCAAAUACAACUAAUCCUAAUGCAAAUCCCUCUUUUACGUCGACUUCAAAUAAGAAUAGCAUAGAUCUUUAUCAUGAUAUAGAUGAAAGGAGACCCUUACCCAUAAAUGAACAUCGUUCUUUUCAAUCCAGUAUACCUUCGUCACUUCCUAUGUUUACACCAUCUGAUACGAAGGAUAAGGAUGAAAGAUUUCGAUCAUCCAAAGGUUCUAGUAGUCGCAUAAAUGACGAUUUAAUGGACGAGGCAUUGAUGGAUUAGCUUUGAGUUUUACAUUAUGUCAAAGAAGCACUAUUAAAUUGAUAAUUGAGUUUGGAGUUUUACAAUUAUAG